CUCUAAUUUCUAGUGUCUUCUUCGCCAUUGCUCCCACUGGCCUCUUCCCGAAUCUUCCUUAUCUCCUCCUCUAUACCGUUCGAUUAAUCUUCAUUCCACGUGUAACUCAUCCAACCCAUCUUCCUCCUCAAUUCCCCCCUUUAAAUCUCCCUUCAUCGGACUCUUAUUUAAACGUCCCCCCAACCACAGCUUUCCACCACCGCCAAAACGCCCAAUCAUCGCUCUUCCUCUUUCUACUCUCUCUCUUCCUCCAGCAUUUCCUUCUCUUAGUCUUUCCAAAAUGGCGCCCGAACUCGUCCACACUGCAGCAGCUCCGGUGAUUAAGCCUCCCGGUGGACGGCACCUCCCACAGCGAGCGUACGUGACGUUCUUGGCCGGCGACGGCGACUAUGUGAAGGGCGUCGUCGGACUGGCCAAGGGCCUCCGAAAGGUGAAAUCCGCGUACCCCUUGGUCGUGGCCGUGUUGCCAGACGUCCCUGAGGAGCACAGGCGGGUUCUGGAGUCUCAGGGAUGUAUUGUUAAGGAGAUUGAACCGGUUUACCCGCCUGAGAACCAGACCCGGUUCGCUAUGGCUUAUUAUGUUAUCAAUUAUUCUAAGCUUCGUAUUUGGGAGUUCGUGGAAUACAAUAAAAUGGUGUAUUUAGAUGGAGACAUUCAAGUUUACGAGAACAUAGACGAGUUAUUGGAAUUACCAAAUGGCUAUUUCUACGCGGUUAUGGACUGCUUUUGUGAGAAGACAUGGAGCCACACUCCUCAGUAUCGCAUUGGUUACUGUCAGCAAUGCCCCGACAAGGUUCAGUGGCCCGACGAUGAUCUCGGUCUCCCCCCUCCCCCACUCUACUUCAAUGCCGGCAUGUUUGUUUUCGAGCCGAAUGUUCAUACAUAUCAUGAUCUAUUGAACACUCUUGAAGUCACUCCUCCUACUCCAUUUGCCGAGCAGGAUUUUUUGAAUAUGUACUUCAGGGAUGUCUACAAGCCCAUCUCCUCGGAGUUCAACUUGGUACUAGCCAUGCUUUGGCGUCACCCAGAGAAUGUCGAUCUUAAUCGCGUCAAAGUGGUUCAUUAUUGUGCCGCGGGAUCGAAGCCAUGGAGGUACACAGGAAAAGAAGAGAACAUGCAGAGAGAAGACAUAAAAAUGCUCGUCAAAAAAUGGUGGGAUGUCUACAGUGAUCCUUCUUUGGACUACAAGCCGCCUUCGACAGCCUCCACGGCGGACAACGUGCACCUCUUCAUCUCUGCUCUCUCCGAAGCUGGACCUGUUCACUUCGUCACCGCACCCUCUGCUGCCUGAAGGUGGCCGAGCUGAGUCUGAAGCUCAGAGACCUAACUCUGUGGUUGUUUGACAAAAGAAGGUGAAAGAGAGACGUACUUUGAAGACGAAGUAUAUAAUAACUAUGAUAUGAUCGUGAGCGUAAUAAUACUUAGUUUUUUUCCAUUUAUUUCUUCUUCUUUUUUUUCAAAUUUAAUUGGGUUUGUUAUCUUUCUUCCUUCCUUUGGAAUAUGUAUGUAUAUAUGCUCCCAAGAGUUUGGAAAUAUUGGGAGUGCCAAAAAUUGAUAAUGUUUUUAAUAUAUGAUGAAUACUAAGAUAUAUAUGUUUUGGGAUCACAUGGUGAUUUAUAUCAAUGCAAGGUUUUCCUUUUCUUUUCUUUUC